UUAGCAUCUCCGCCCCUAACUAUAAAAAAUGGAGUCGCCUCUUUCUUCUUCUUGUGCGACGUUUCAAUCUCCAAGGCUAUCUCACCGGUGUCACACAACCCUCCGGAGAAAAUGACACAGAAUGGGUCCAGUUUGAUGCCCUUCUUCAAGGAUGGAUUCUCUCAACGGUCACCGAUGAAGUGUCCGAUCUCAUCAUUGCCUCUCAUGACACCGCCGCCGGACUAUGGAAGGCGAUUCAUGACCUUUUUCAUGAUAACAAGAACGCAAGAGCGAUGCAACUUGAGCAUCAAUUUUGCACUACGGUCAAAGGCACAAAAUCCAUGGUUGACUAUUGUCAAACACUCAAGAAUUUGGCCGAUUAUUUGGAUGACGUUGAUGCACCCCUGACCGACAAUCAACUCGUUCUCCAACUCCUACGCGGUCUCCCGGAAGAUCUCCAAAGCCGGGCAUCCUUUCUCCAAUUUCAGAAGCCUCCCCCAACAUUUUUGGAAGCCCGAUCGGCCCUACUUCUCUUGGAUCAGCAGCGCACGCCUCUGGCCGCCGGAGAAUCUGGCACGGCGCUUCUGGCCGCUGGGAGGACUGGCCAAUCGCAGACUCCUUCACAUCCUAUUGGCGGCACCACUUACGGAAUUCAGCAUCAGCAGAGCGGCGGCCGGUUUGGCGGAGGACGGCAGAACGGCGGUGGACGCGGAGGCAGAGACGGGCGCAGCAGAGGCGGACGAUUUGGCAGGGACGGCAGAGACGGAAACCAGCGUAGAAACGGACAGCUGCAAUCCUUCCUCCCCCCGGGUCAUUCAACUUGGCAGUAUCACCCUGGGCCUGGUCUUUUGGGCCCAAGGCCCAAUAACCCACCCUCCCCAUAUUAUGCCCAAUCCUAUUAUGCUAACUCUUACCCACCCCCCUACUAUCCUUACCCAUACAACCCCCCACCAGACCCCACCACCUACCCAGCACCCCGACCCAGCAGCCCACAACCACCUACCACCCCAUCACCCACGGCCCUAGCCCAUGCCUUUGACACCUUAAAUCUUCGUGAACCUACUUGGACCUUCGGACGGGAACCGUGAUACAUCGGUCCAGUAAUGAUGGCCCAUUAUACACCUUCAGUCCUCCGGAUGCCCAAGCCCACGCUGCCACUGUUGACCUUGACACAUGGCAUCGCCGACUUGGUCACCCUAGCCCUGCUGUUCUCCAUGGGGUCUCCAGUCCUUUAUUACCUUUUUUUAAUAAAUGUCGGAAGUCCAG